CAACUUCCAUGAUGAACUGACAUGAAGAGUAUGGUUGGACGAGGACAGGUGCUGAUGUAAAGCAUCUCUUUAGCUCGGUGAAGGCAGCAUCUGUCUCAGGGAUCCAGAAAAAGGGGUUAGCUGAAGAGGUUAAGUGGACGAUGUUGCCUGCUUGCUGUCUGGUUAUGUUGCUGUCUCUGGCCCGGCUGCCAACCUCGUUCUCGGCCCUGCCCUUUGAGCAGAAAGGCUUCUUGGACUUUGCCCUGGACAGUAUGGACAGCGGUGGGAUGAUGACGAUGAUGAUGAAGGAUGAAGAGGAAGGCUCGGCCAUAGAGGAGGAGCUCCACCUGCCCGGAGGACCCGUUUGCCCGUUUGGAUGCCACUGCCAGCUUCGGGUGGUCCAGUGCUCCGACCUAGGUUUAACCGAGGUGCCGAAGAACAUCCCCCCAGACACCAAGUUCCUGGACCUGCAGAACAACCGCAUCACCGAGCUGAAAGAGAACGACUUCAGAGGCCUGUCCAACCUUUACGCUCUGUCUCUGGUGAAUAACAGGAUCUCCAAAGUCCACCCUCAGGCCUUCGCCCCCCUCAGGCACAUCCAGAAACUCUACUUCUCCAGGAACCAUCUGACUGCCAUCCCCAAGAACCUGCCGCAGUCGCUGGUGGAGCUGCGGAUCCACGACAACCGCAUCAAGAAUGUGGCGGAGGGCGCGUUCUCUGGACUCACCAACAUGAACUGCAUAGAGAUGGGAGGGAACCCGAUCCAGAACAGCGGGUUUGAGCCUGGAGCCUUCAAGGGACUCAAACUCAAUUAUCUUCGCAUAUCUGAGGCCAAACUCACCGGUGUGCCUAAAGACCUCCCGGAGAGCCUCCACGAGCUCCAUCUGGACCACAACGAGAUCCAGGCUGUGGAACUGGAAGACCUGAGCCACUACAAGAACCUGUUCAGGUUGGGCCUGGGCUACAACCACAUCCGUAACAUAGAGAAUGGCAGUCUGGCCUUCCUCCCACGACUGAGAGAGCUUCAUCUGGAGAACAACCGCCUCACCCGCGUCCCUAAAGAGCUCCCGGAGAUGAAGUACCUGCAGGUGGUGUACCUCCACUCCAACAACAUCAACCAGGUGGGGGUGAACGACUUCUGCCCUCGGGGCUUCGGGAUGAAGAGGACAUUCUACAAUGGCAUCAGCCUCUUCGCCAACCCCGUCAAAUACUGGGAGGUGCAGCCCGCCACCUUCCGCUGCGUCACUGACCGGCUGGCCAUCCAGUUUGGCAACUACAAAAAGUAGAGAGGAGGAGAGAGAGAGAGAGAGAGAGAGAGAGAGAGAGAGAGAGGAGGAGAUGGAGGUGGGGAUGAGGAAAGAGGAGGGAAAGAGAGGCGCACGAGGGGGAGGAUGGAGAAGGGAUGGGUGGAGGGAAGGAAGUUAAAAAAGAUGAGGGAGGUGAUAAUUAUAACUGACUAGAUCAAAUUUGAUAAACAAAAAAAAAAACUUUUCCCCCUAUUUUUCGGAUAGAGAGAGCGGGAGGGAGAAGGUGAGCGGAGGGAUGAGGUACAAAGGGAGGUGACGAAUAACCACCACCCAGAAGUUGAUGAGGAAUGGAAAGCAUUGCGUUUACUCCAUCUGACGUGUUAGAUUACGGCCACCCGGAAGAGAAACGCAGGGGGAGACUAUCUGAGAGAAAAGUCUUCCCCCUGCCAAAAUACGCAUACAUGAACCACACGUGUCGACAACGUGUGCAGCGUUUCAUUCCAUUUUGUUUUUAACACAAUAGUUCUUAUUGUGAUACUAGUAGAUUUUGUUUUAUUAUCGUUUUUAGUGAAGAUUUUACAGGUAGACACCGGAGAUACCGCACUCUUUGUACGACUUUCUGCAUUACUUUCCCUUCUUUUCUGGCCCCAAGUCAUUUGGGGUUAAAUUCUGUGAUCGGUGUACUGUAUGUCCAUUAUAAAUUAUUAGCCCCAGACUCGGGGCCAUCCUCUAUAUGUGUUUUUAAGCCUCACAGCAGAAACUAAAGUUGAAGCCACAUUUCCAAUUCAUUAACGUGUUCUGUAACCGGGCGCCACUCAUCCGUAGGAGGCGCUUCUAAAAGUCUUUGUAAAGGGACAAAAGUAUCCGUCACCUUUGCCCGUUAUUCUGAGGAAACCAAACCGCCGGCCUGCCUGAAUAUGGAAUCUUGUCUUUAAGCCUGUACUUACUAUUAUACUGUCUGUAUGGUAAUUUAGUAGAGUCCCUCGAGGGGACGUGGAGGUAGUGUGGGGCUUGCCCCGCGUAUAGAAAACACAGUAGCGCGCUUUGCCUUGAACCUCUGAAGGCGGUGUGCUCACACAAAGAGGGGCCACAGCAAUAUAGUAGUGUCUGAUGCAUUGUUUUGCACAUCUUCUGUUACGCUUUACUCGC